ACCAAAGCCAGCAAAUUAAUUAUCCAUCGUCCCAUCUCCCCUCCCACAUUCUUCACCCAGAGAGGUAGUGAAGGAAGCAAACAAUGGCCGCCUCAUUACAAGCCGCAGCCACCCUCACGGUUGGUGUGCCGUCCCGCAGCACCCUGCAGCUCAGAUCCUCCCAGACCCUUUCUAAGGCUUUUGGGUUGGAACCUGCCAGUUCUAGGAUCACUUGCUCUUUGCAGUCUGACCUUAAGGACUUUGCUCAGAAGGCUGUUGAUGCCACCAAGCUCGCUGGCUUUGCUCUUGCUACUUCAGCUCUUGUAGUCUCGGGAGCAAGUGCUGAAGGAGUUCCAAAGAGGCUCACCUAUGAUGAAAUCCAGAGUAGGACAUACAUGGAAGUGAAGGGAACAGGAACAGCAAACCAGUGCCCCACCGUUGAAGGUGGUGUUGAGAGUUUUGCCUUCAAGUCCGGAAAAUACUAUGCAAAGAAGUUCUGCUUAGAACCCACUUCUUUCACAGUCAAGGCUGAGGGUGUCAGCAAGAAUGCCCCUCCGGAAUUCCAGGAAACCAAGCUCAUGACUCGAUUGACAUACACCCUUGAUGAGAUUGAGGGACCAUUCGAAGUUUCUCCUGAUGGAACAGUCAAGUUUGAGGAGAAAGAUGGGAUUGACUAUGCUGCUGUCACCGUUCAGCUGCCUGGUGGUGAGCGCGUGCCCUUUCUCUUUACCAUCAAGCAGUUGGUGGCAUCAGGGAAACCAGAGAGUUUUGGAGGAGAGUUCUUGGUUCCAUCCUACCGUGGAACGUCUUUCCUGGACCCAAAGGGAAGGGGUGGCUCAACCGGGUAUGACAAUGCCGUUGCAUUGCCUGCAGGAGGAAGAGGAGAUGAGGAGGAGUUAACCAAGGAGAACAUCAAGGAUGCUUCAUCAUCUUCAGGGAAGAUCACCCUUAGUGUUACCAAGAGCAAGCCUGAGACCGGAGAAGUCAUUGGAGUUUUUGAGAGUCUUCAGCCAUCAGACACUGACUUGGGGGCUAAGGCUCCGAAGGAUGUGAAGAUCCGGGGCAUCUGGUAUGCUCAGCUUGACUCAUAGAACUGUUGUAUGAAUGUGUUUAUUCUUAGUACGGAUUUUGUAAGUUUGAAGUCUGAUGCUAAAACUUUUGUGGUGAUCUAAUGAGAAGCAAAGAGAUUAUCAUCUUCUUUGUAAAUCAUUGUGGCUUCUUAUAGUAAUCUUUCAAAAUUGCAAAGGUUCUUAUAAUUAGAUGUAUCUUGCAGAGGAACUGGCUAGAAAAUAAGAGGGUUAUGUCUCA